ACGGGGCCGACCGCGCCUGCGCGUUGAGUUUCCGGAAGGUGGUGCUUCGAGAAACGGGACAUCGCGGCCGCUGCUUUUCAAAGCGGAUCCGGGAGUUGCUACUGUUGUCGCCGCCAUGAGUCGCAACUACAACGAUGAGCUGCAGUUCCUGGAAAAGAUCAAUAAAAACUGCUGGAGAAUCAAGAAAGGCUUCGUGCCCAACAUGCAGGUUGAAGGAGUUUUCUAUGUGAAUGAUGCUCUGGAAAAAUUAAUGUUUGAGGAAUUAAGGAAUGCCUGUCGAGGUGGCGGUGUCGGCGGCUUCCUGCCUGCCAUGAAACAAAUUGGCAAUGUGGCAGCCCUGCCCGGGAUUGUUCAUCGAUCUAUUGGGCUUCCUGAUGUCCAUUCAGGUUAUGGGUUUGCUAUUGGGAAUAUGGCAGCCUUUGAUAUGAAUGAUCCUGAAGCAGUGGUGUCCCCAGGUGGUGUCGGAUUUGACAUCAACUGCGGGGUCCGUUUGCUGAGAACCAAUUUAGAUGAAGGUGAUGUCCAGCCUGUGAAGGAGCAACUUGCCCAAGCUAUGUUUGAUCACAUCCCUGUUGGGGUGGGAUCAAAAGGUGUCAUCCCCAUGAAUGCCAAAGACUUGGAAGAGGCCUUGGAGAUGGGUGUGGACUGGUCCCUAAGAGAAGGUUACGCCUGGGCUGAAGACAAGGAGCACUGUGAGGAGUAUGGAAGGAUGCUGCAAGCUGACCCCAAUAAGGUCUCUGCGAGGGCUAAAAAGAGAGGCCUUCCUCAGUUGGGGACCCUGGGAGCAGGUAACCACUACGCAGAAAUCCAGGUUGUGGAUGAGAUUUUCAAUGAGUAUGCUGCCAAGAAAAUGGGCAUUGAUCAUAAAGGACAGGUGUGUGUGAUGAUCCACAGUGGAAGCAGAGGCUUGGGCCACCAAGUAGCCACAGAUGCCCUAGUUGCUAUGGAAAAAGCCAUGAAGAGAGACAAGAUUAUAGUCAAUGACCGUCAGUUGGCUUGUGCUCGAAUCGCUUCCCCGGAGGGUCAGGACUACCUGAAGGGGAUGGCGGCGGCUGGGAACUAUGCCUGGGUCAACCGAUCUUCCAUGACCUUCUUAACCCGUCAGGCUUUCGCCAAGGUCUUCAACACAACCCCUGAUGACCUGGACCUGCACGUGAUCUAUGAUGUUUCUCACAACAUUGCCAAAGUGGAGCAGCACGUAGUGGACGGAAAGGAGCGGACACUGCUGGUGCACAGGAAGGGGUCCACCCGUGCUUUCCCGCCUCACCACCCCCUCAUUGCUGUGGACUACCAGCUCACUGGACAACCAGUGCUCAUUGGUGGCACCAUGGGAACCUGUAGUUAUGUUCUUACUGGCACUGAGCAGGGCAUGACUGAGACCUUUGGAACAACCUGUCACGGAGCGGGCCGUGCAUUGUCCCGAGCAAAAUCUCGACGUAAUUUAGAUUUCCAGGAUGUCUUAGACAAAUUGGCAGAUAUGGGAAUUGCAAUUCGUGUUGCCUCACCAAAACUGGUUAUGGAAGAGGCUCCUGAGUCCUAUAAGAAUGUGACGGAUGUGGUGAACACCUGCCAUGAUGCUGGAAUCAGCAAGAAGGCCAUUAAACUGAGACCAAUUGCCGUUAUCAAAGGAUAGGACGCUGACCGUGGCCACCAGACACCACCGACCCUCACUGAGGUAGAAGUGGACUGAAAUGCUUUUCGGACAUCAGACUCAAGAGACCCGACAGGUUCCAAGGCUUGUGUCUGUGGCUGCCCAUUCCAAAAUGGCUGACAGAAGGCUGCUGCUUCAGGGGCCAUGGUUGUGCCAUUACCUUCAGGGAGGAGUCACGUUGCCCCCAUUUGGGAACAGAUGUGAUCUUCCUCCCUGGUAGUCCCACAGAUUUUUAGGGAAAUCUAGGCGGGUGGGGAUAGGUCAGGAAACUGCCUUACUGAGUCAUACAAGUCUUUAUCUUAAUCAUCAGAAUGGACUUCUCAACACCUAGCUCUCGCUCCAUCCUGAGAGGUGUCAUGAAGAACAUUCUAUUAAAUAAGAAGGUUUUGGAAUAUUUUCUUGCUGCUCUCCUUUUGUCACUUUGUUUAUUCAUCCACCAUCUAUCCCCUUUUCCUGCACUGAGCAAAACCCUAAAUAGCACUCUUAGUACCUACGGGGUCAUUUCAGGAUAUUAGAUGAACGCAUAAUGGGACAUAUAAAGGAGGGAAUAUGUGGAAGUGUAGGAAUAGGGACCCAAAAGAUAAAAUAAUUUUUCAUAGACUUGCUACCUUUCUCUUUCUAAAUGUAAGGCAGAGUUUUGACUUACCUGCAAAAUGGCAUCAGCUAGUAUCUGUCAUUAAUUAGGCCUGGUCUGGAAAACUUUUGUUGAAUAACAGUUUGCACGGCAGCAGCAGAGAGCCACGCAUAACACUGAAUAUCUUUACAUUGGUGAUCCAAGUAUUAUGAAAGCAGUAAAUGACCACAUCUGUUAAUGGUUGCUGUGCUGACAGAUUGACUGGUCUUGGGCGACCUCAUUAGAUUUCAUGUUAUAUACUGUGACACCUCAAAGAUGUUAAAUAAUAUGGGUUAUUAAGGCCUUGGUUGAGUCCAAAUAGCCAGUAUAUAAUAGAAAAUAGAAAAAUAGAAAAAUUUAAUAAAGUUUCAAUAUGUUCUUUAUAUUUUGGGCUUAAUAAUUUAUAGCUUAGGACAGUUAGUAUCUAUACUUGAAUCACUUUGGACAGCGUUGCUAUUUUCUGAUUUUCUCCCAAGGUGCUUUCAGAGACUCACCCUAAAAAAUAUUCUUUCCUAAAACUUAUCCCUCAACUUAACUCCCCAUUGGAGUAUCUUCUAGAUGCUAUUUGGAAGGCUGGAGAAAAGUAGACUUCCUCUGAAAAGUGUAUGAUAUGAAAUAAUAGCAUGUCUUUAAUCUGAGCACUCAGUAACUUAAAAUACUUUUGAUGGUAGAGUUUGAACGUUAUCAAUAAAUAAGUUAGGAAUCUUAGCACAAUAAUUGUAGGUCACUUAUACCUUCAGAUCAGACCAGUGACUGUUGUACACAAAUGACUUAAGGAUACAAGUUACCAGUGAACGCUGGAGGGCGUUUAGAGAUGAGAAAGAGGCUUCUGGCAGGUGCUAGAUUCUGUGGAGAUGGGACAACACUGGCGUGUCUGUGUAGGCACCCUCUCACUGAGCUUGCCUGAUGACUAAUUCAAAGCAGUGUCCCAAAACUAACUGACGUCAGUGCAAGAAAUGCUGCAGAUCCACUUUAUUAGAUGUCUUGAAAGUUACUCUUCAGAGAGGUGAGGAGGAGAAAUAAAGAAAAUGAAUGGUUUAUGCAGUGGCAUUUCUGCUGUCUAAGCGUUUCUAUGUGUAGCAUUUCCAGUGAAGUUGGCCCUAUUAAUGAUCAUAGAAAGAAGUGGUUAAUAUUUUGAGUUCAAAAAGAAAGGUGCAAACAUUAUUUUCUUUGUUCUAAAGAUAUUUUCCAAUUUGAGACAAAAAGCCACUUUAAAAUAAAUGUUCAAAUGAAGCUGAAGUAACCAGCUGUUUUUAUUGCCUGGAGUAAAAAUACAUGUGCACAGCUGGGACUGCCCUUUGAUAAGGCACCGUCUGCUUCUCUCAGGUAUGAAGACGAGUCUUAACACUGUGCACAUCUUGAUCCCUUUUUCAGGCAUCUAAAGUCAGUCGGUUUAUAAUUAAUAUUCUCAAAAGCACUGACAUUCACACACUGAUAAUAGGCUGUAUCAUUCAAUUAUCAGCAUAUGGUUAGGAAACCCAAUUCAUGAGACAAAAAAAUAUGAACACUCAUUUUCCAACUUUGUGAAUAUUUCAUGGAGCAACAAGGAAGUGAAGAUUUAAAUAUUGAAUAAAAUUUUCCAGAUCUUAAGACUUGCCCACGUUGAUCUUCAUAUAACCUUUGAAAACUUGAGCACAAGAUAACGUUUUUUAGCUUUUUCUAUUUUUUCUGCUUAAGAUUUCAUUUUUUUCCUUCAUGUUCAUCUUGAAGUAUUUCUCUUAUUUAUGAAAAUUGCUUGUUAGCAUCAUCUGUAUGACAGAAACAUUUACAGCUCUGUGCCUGAUACUCCAAUGCCCAACUCACAGCCCAUUCUGUCCUUAUUUCUUACUUAUGUUCUUAUUUUCGCAUCUGUUCCAGUGCUAAACUAUAUGGGAAUUUCAUGUUGUCCAGAGAGCAUGUUGUGUGCUAUUAAUUAUCAGUCAGGCACCUUGGAGUAUGCCAAGUCCUUAUGCCAGAUUCUGAUCUUUAAAAGCUCUUGCUCUAAAACUACCAUCUGAAACACCAGAGAUCCAAGACGAUUAUGUUAUAAGGGAGUCGUGCUACAGAGAAGUGAAUGGUGAUUUCGAUUGUAACUUGCAGAUAGGUAGUAAAUGAACGAAGUGCCAAGCAUUAGAUAAUGACAUUUAACAUGACCAAUGGUGGGACUAGUGUUAUCUGGUGUGAGGCAGAGAGGAACACAGCAUCAUCUCUGAGAUGUUCCUGUUGAGAAUAUACGGCCUGAGUCUGGUUGUGAGCAAACAUCAGAUGGACCCAAAUAAAGGGCCCUCCUACAGAAAGAAGGCCUGUGCACUCAAAACGCAAGGAAAUGAAAAGCCAAGGAAAGGCUGACAAACUGUUCCAGAGUCUGAACAAACAUGACAACUGAAGGAAGGCAAUACAUAUUCUUAGACAGGAUCCUGGACCAAAAAGGAAAAACUGACAUUGUUGGAACAGUUGGUGAAAAUUGAAUAGGAUCUGUAAAUGGGUCAGUAGUGAUGUCAAGGUUGAUUUCUUGAUUUCUUGGUUAUGCAGGGUAGUGUCCUUGUGUGAUAUUGUGAUUAUAUAAUAAAUCUGUUUGGUCUUCAUUUCA